UGAUUACGUAAUGCCGCGGUGGCUGAGGCGGUUCCGCUGGCCGGUGUGUACGCGGCGGGCGAGUCCAGGUGCGGCCCGCUCGGCUUCUCCGGCGCCCCAGACCCCGGCCGCGACCCCCGCUGCGGCCCGGCCGCCGCCCGAACAUGGACUCCGCCGGCCAAGAUAUCAACCUGAAUUCUCCUAACAAAGGUCUGCUGUCCGACUCCCUGACAGAUGUCCCUGUCGACACAGCAUUGGCUGCCCAGACUCCUGCUGUUGAGGGUCUGACCGAGGCUGAGGAGGAGGAGCUUAAGGCUGAGCUUGCAAAGGUGGAAGAGGAAAUUGUCACUCUGCGCCAGGUCCUGGCAGCCAAGGAGAGGCACUGUGCUGAGCUGAAGAGGAAGCUGGGCCUCUCUGCCUUGGAGGGCCUGAAGCAGAACCUGUCUAAGAGCUGGCAUGACGUGCAGGUCUCUAACGCCUAUAUGAAAACUUCUGAGAAACUUGGAGAGUGGAAUGAGAAAGUGACCCAGUCAGACCUCUACAAGAAGACUCAAGAAACUCUCUCUCAGGCGGGACAGAAGACGUCGGCUGCCCUGUCCACCAUGGGCUCCGCCAUUAGCAGAAAGCUCGGGGAUAUGAGGAAUUCUGCGACCUUCAAGUCGUUUGAAGACCGAGUUGGGACCAUAAAGUUUCCCCAGUGAUCACGUUUUGCAGUAGGACAGCCAGGAUAGGACAUUGAUACGGUCAAGGUGGAGAGCGGUUUCAUCCCCACAACGGUCCUUCCUGGUGCUCACCUUCCUCCAGCCCUACCCCCACCAUCACUCAUCUGUUCUCCGUUUCAAUGACUUGUCAUUGCAAGAAUGUCCUAGGAUUGGAACCGUGUAGCGUGGAGCCUUGGAAGAUUUGUUCUUACACUGCGUAAAUCCCUGGAGAUACUGCCAGCCAGCCUGUUGCCUGUGUUGGUGAUUUGUUCUCUUUAUUGCUGAUCGGUGUUGACGUGGCAUAGACUCCAUAGAGAGCUGGACAGCUGGGGUUCCCGGCACAGGCCUAGGACCUGCCAGCAUUGUGUGCUCUGUCUCAGGUUUUACUAUCUUUUUUUUCUCGUUUUUUUUCCCCCAUCUGUAGUCUAAGGUUGUAGGUGGCAGAGAGAAUGGCAGUGAGAACCUUCCCUCCCCAACCGGGAGUGGCACCAAGCCCCUGCCCGAUCACACGCCUUUCUAAGCCUGUCGCAGCUUUGCCCGGCCACGGAACAAGUGCAAGCACGUCCUCAUCGGCUUGACUGCGACUCUGCAGCGCCGCGGCCCGCCAGGCCGCGGGCGGGCGCACGGAGCUGGCUUUGAGGAUAGUCGUGCCACUCACAUGUAGCCGUGGCCGCUGUGUUCGCAUGAGCUUUACAGAACAUGGUCUUGCACGCAGAUGCUUUACACUGAAGUUGUAAACUGUCCUCCCUGGGGUGCGGGGAGUGGACAGGACAGUGGGCCCUUUGGCAGUCUUGUUAGCUCAUGAGAACGUGGAAGGAACGGAGAGUGAUAAGCAUAAAAUAAAUGGUAUUUCCUCAACCUCUCCUUUUGUAAGUUAGAGGAGGAAUCUGCGGAAGGAAGAUUCAUCCAGAAAGCCCUACCGGAUCUUCAGUUUUUAUUUCAAACGCUAAAUGAGAAAACUGUCCAUUUUCUGAAACCCUCCAGAAAAGAAACUGGUUAUCAGCAGCCGCCUAAUUGUUACACUAACGAUCUAGCUUUAACAAAAGCAAAUUCUUUAUUUUUUAAAUGCAGUGAAUUUUUCAAAAAUUAAAGCUAAGCAGAGCAGCUUUAGCCUCAGUUAGAAAACAUUAUUUCUUUGGACUCAAGCUGAAAUACAAGCCUUACAUCACCUUAUGCUUUAUUUGUUUAUGAUGUUUUUAUAUAUAAAAAUAAGGGUUCUUUAGUGGGUUUUGAGCACCAUGUAGACUCCUGCAUCUAGCCCAAAGGGCAGCAUGCCUGGACCGUUGGUGUGUUUUAUUUCACUGAUGCACAUCAUCCCAGUGUAUGAAGCUUGCCUCUUUCUCCUCUCAUGGACCGGGGCAGCUCCUGCUGGUCAGAGGGCUCCUGGGCCUCUGGGGGUGGGGGCAGGGGGCCAGGAGAAAGAAAAGCCGGCACCCUCCACGGAUGGCUGAUGCAUGACUGGCCCUCGGCUCCAACCUGCCCAUUUGCUGCACGCUGGGGACGAGUGAGAAGCAGGUGGCCCUGCAUAGGGUCGGCUGGAACUCUGCUGUCGCCUCUUCUCAGGAGCUGCAAAGAUCUUAUUCCCGUUGUGAAGCUGCCACAGCCCAGCAGCCUUGCAGUCAGGACCCCACGCGUGGGGUGUGUCUGGAGGGGCAGCUUUCCGUGCCUUACUGGCUCCCAGCAGGCAGAGACCGCUCCUGCAUAUGCACCUGUGCACUCCCGGGUGGGGGGGCAUGCGCUCAAAGUCCACUCUGGGAAGCUGAGUGUCUGCUCGUCCCUUCAGACGCCCUGGGUGGACUGCGGUCACCCCUGCUGACGCCAUGGGAACAACAGCAUUUGGUCUUUUUUCUUCAGGGUUAGAAUCACGGAUGGGGUGUAGUGAGAAAGCAGGAUGCAACUGUAGUAACGGAUUUAUCUUGUCCAAAAAGUGGAUAAUGGGAAAUUUGUCAAUAAAGCAUUCCUUUGGGGAAGAACCCAUGUGA